CAUCUCUAGCGUCUUUCCGACCGCAGCCCUUGUCAUGUGACCAACUUUGCCUCACUUGAUUCGCCUCAAUUCACUUAUACGCGAGUUCGACAACACGUGGUAUUGGAAAUAACCUCGCUUUUUAAAGAUAGAAGUAUUAUUAUUUUUUUAUUGCACCAUAUAUACUUCGUCCCAUUUGUGAAAGAAAAUACAUAAAAGGAGAGAAAAAAAAUAAUGGAGUUUGUGCAUCUUGAUAAUGACGAUCUGCCGUUUGAUAGACAAGAGAUCGAGACAGUACAGCAGACAAUUAUAAAAAAUAUCAAUUCUCAUUUAAAUCAAACACGAUAUUAUGAUGGUUUACUUAUGCUAGAUAGAAUUCUGCCUACUUGUUCUAAGGAUGUGUUAUCCAAAUAUGGUUUAUUCUGGAUAACUAAUGCUACUAAAGUAGUGGAAAACGUGCAUAGUAGUACACAAGAUUUAACACUGGCAUGCAAAGUAUUAGGAUUUCUAAUUGAACAUUGCAAAAACAUACCAGAAUUACAUAAACAGAUUUCUACACGAAAUGUAAAACAGAUCAUAAAUACACUUAAUGCUUUACAAAAAGAUGCAAAAUGUGGAGCAGUAUAUUACUUAAUAGCCGUUUUGCUAUAUCACUAUCCUGAAGUUUGCGAACGGUUUCAGGAAUUGAUACAAAAAAUGAUAUUACUACAAAUUGACUCUACAGAUGACAAUUUAGUUAAUGCAAGCGCAAAAUGCUAUGUUCUUCUCUCUAAAGCGACAGAACGUUCAUUUAAACCAUCAGAACCUACAUUUAUAUAUACCAGAUUAAUAUAUAAUGAAAUGUUGCUUUGUAAUAGUUUACAUGUUAUACUGAAUAAAUUAUUCUAUCAAUUAUUAGAACUGGAAAGUAUAGAUAUCCAGAAUCAAUUAGAAUUACCACACAUAACUGAUAACAUACAUAACUACAACAAACAAAAACAGAGAUUUUCAAAUUUGUGUGUCUAUCUCUCCUCAAUGUUACGUGGAUAUGAAGCAAGAAAUAGUGUUUUGCCUCAGAAUAUUUUAAAGGUUUUGCAUCGAGGAUUGACGAUUACACCAUUAAAUCUAAAGAAUAAAACUUCUAGUGAACGAAUGUUGUACAUAAUCUUACCAAAAUUACAUAUCAGUUUACUCACAGUUCUUGAUGCAUUGAUAAAUGGAUUUGCACAGGAGUUAAUACCAUUUGGAGAAAAAAUAUUAGAAUUACUCCAAGGAAUAUUGCAAUGGACAAGCAUUGACUUAGAAAAUCAAAUAACCUUUAGCAAUAGUAAACCUUUCAAAAGUUUAAAAAUACAGGCUUACAAAUGUCUCUGUUCUUGGCUUAUGAAUACCAGGUCAUUGUCGGGUAUAGAGACAAUUGCAAACAAAUGUGUUAGUUCCAUAUUGAAGGAUAUAAUACCGGAACGAAAUCGUAUAUUAUUAACUAUGCCUCAAAAAACGCAGCAUUCUAAACCGGCAAUAAAACGUUUUAAACAGAGUCAGUAUGAAAAUAGCACAGUUAUGAAUAAUGGAAAAGAUUCUAUUAAAAGUGGACGUUUAGACCCAGAUUUGUGUAGAGAAGCCCUUAUUACUUUGCAGAAUAUAUUUUCCAGUGGUACCAUACUAUUGCAAGAAACGCUUUACAUGAACGUGCUGAACAAUGUGAUACCUUUAUUAAACAACUUUUAUUUGAGUUCUUCUGAACAAAGUUUUUAUAAAGAUAACAAAUGCCGUUUGGAACUAUUCAAAGUAUUAAAAGCCUUGCAAAUGAAUCCACAUAUUAAAUUAGGAUUUCCCACAAACUAUUGUCUAAAUAUAUCAAAUCUGGCAGCUCAUGAUAUUGAUGUAAACAUUGUUCAAGAAGUAACACUUGCAUUAGCUGAAUCAGAAAAAAUUAUACAUCCUGCUGCACCUACAUUCCAAUUACCUCGACAACAGAAAUCUGAUAAUGAAUUUGUUUCUGAAAGUCAAGCAGAAGAAGUUGCUACUACUAGCAAAUCAGACAAAAGAAGUCGGACUGAAGAAGAAUUUUUCCAAAAUGUAGAUGCAACAUUAUCUGCAUCUAAAAAGCCAAAAAUAAUUUCAUCAAAAUGUGUUGAAAUAAUACAAAAUAGAAAUGGUAUCGAAUUAAUAGAAGUGAAUAAUAGCAUAUUGAAUGUAGAUAAAUCUCAGAUAAAGCAGAAUUCAUGUGAAGACAUUAUUAGCAAAUUAAAUGAAAAUGAUAGAACUGAAGAAGAGCUUUCAAUAGAUACAGAUAUGAAUCAUUCGAAAAUAUCAUUUAUUGAACAGCAAACUUGCAACCUGUUAAAUACAAUUACAACCUCAAAAUGUACUGGAAAACUUUCGAGUGUAAAUACUACAAAACCAAUAGAAACGAAUAAUAGUAUAAUGGAUGUAGAUAAAUCACAGGCAGAUGAGAAUUUAUGCGAAGAAGAAGAAACUGAAAAUAUAUUACAAGAACAAUAUAAAGUACAUCAUAAUAAAAAGGAAAAUCAGCAUAAUAUUGAUAAAAUCAUAAAUUCCACUACUGAAAAUAAAAUAGAAUGUGAAUUAAUUACACAUGUUAAUACGGAAGAGAAACAACUCAAAGAAAAUUUAACAUUGUGUACAAAUAAAACAGAUAAAGGAAUAGAAGAGAUGUCUUUUCAGAAAUAUCCCAAAACUGAAGAAGAAGUAUGCAUGGAGAUGGAUGAUUCAAAAAAUCAAAAUGAAUUGAGCAUCAGUACACGAAAUUCUCCAAACAUAUUUGAAGAAGAAGCAGGUUGGCAUAGUUAGAUUGAUAUGUCUUUUAUUUGAUAUAUUCUUUUACAAUAAAAAGAUAUAUAUGUAUAAUAUAAAAGAAAUG